AAAACUCUUUUUUUAGUUUGUGUUUGAUUAGAGCCGGUGUUGAACCUGUUGUUAUUUUUAAUGUGUUUUUAAUACUGCAUCACUUAUCAGUGUGAUGUAAUAAAGGUCUUAAACGGGUUCAUUCACCAGCGUAUCAGUUAAAACUUAAACAACUACAGUGAUUGCCGGAUAACUGAAGGUCUUCAAGAUGGUGAAAGCAGUAGCAGUUAUCACCAUCAGUGAUACUUGCUUCAAGGACAACACUAAAGACACCUCGGGGCCGGCUCUCGCUGACUUUGUCAGAGAACUAUUCCCUGAAGCCAACCUCCAUACAAUCAUCAUUCCUGAUGAAAAGGAAAUCAUUGAACGGGAACUCAAAUAUUUCUGUGAAACCAACUUAGACUUGGUAUUAACUACCGGAGGAACAGGAUUGACACCUAGAGACGUUACUCCAGAAGCGACUAAAGCAAUCAUACAGAGAGAAGUGCCGGGUAUCACAACCGCCAUUACACUGGCUAGCUUAAAGAAGACCCCAAUGGCCCAGCUUUCCCGUGCCGUUGCUGGUAUCAGAGACAAAACGCUCAUAGUCAACUUCCCAGGCAGCAAAAAGGCUGUCACAGAAUGUUUUGAAGUAGUAAAGCCUAUCCUCCCACAUGCUAUAUCUCUGAUCCACAAUGAGGUAGCCGAGGUGAGCUACAUUCACAACUCCAUGCAGUUUAAUCACACUUGCAUGCACAGCAGUAAUGUGGACAUCAGUAAAGUAGCUCUAAGACCCAGGGAGUCUCCGUUCCCCAUGAUAGAAAUGGCAGAAGCCUGGAAGACAGUUGAUGAUGUGAUGUCAGAAUGGACGGAGAGAUUAGAAAUUGUGACGAUUGAAGAAGGACUCGGCAGAGUGGUUGCUCAGGCACUACAUGCUAAAGAGCCUAUGCCACCUUUUCCUGCGUCAGUUAAAGACGGCUACGCGUGCCUCAGCAUAGACGGCGCGGGUCCCCGCAAGGUGCGCAUCGCGGUGACUGCGGGCGACGCUCCCACCGCGCCGCUCUGCGCGGGUGAGUGCGCUAGAGUUAACACCGGCGCUGCGUUGCCUGCGGGGGCUGAUUGCGUUGUACAGGUUGAGGACACAAGACUCAUAUCAGCUUCCGAAGAUGGAAUGACGGAGCACGAAGUGGAAAUCCUGAAGGCGCCUGAACCUCAGCAGGACGUCAGGAAUGUGGGCUUCGAUAUACCUAUGGGAACCGUGCUUGUUGAUAAAGGACAUAUAUUAGACUCAGCUAAAAUCGGAAUACUUGCGGGAGCUGGAUAUCAAAACGUGACAGUUCGAGCGCCUCCCAAGGUGGCGCUACUUUCGACGGGUAACGAGCUACAAGAGCCUUCAGAUGUGAAGUUAAAACCGGCGCACAUCCGUGACUCCAAUAGGACCAUGCUUAGGGUAUUACUCAGAGAGCACGGCUACGACAGCAUAGACUGCGGCAUAGCGCGCGACACGCCGCCGGAGAUCGUGGCGGGCAUCGCGGCCGCGCUCAAGCUGGCCGACGUGCUGGUCUGCACUGGCGGCGUCUCCAUGGGCGAGAAGGAUCUACUCAAACCUGUGCUGCUCAAGGAUUUCAACGCUACUCUCCACUUCGGGCGCGUGCGCAUGAAGCCGGGCAAGCCGUGCACGUUCGCCACGUGCGAGUUCGAAGGCAGGAAGAAAUACAUCUUCGCGUUGCCUGGUAACCCAGUGUCAGCAUACGUGUGCGCACUUCUGUUCGUGAUCCGCGCGCUGCGCGUGUCGUGCGGGUCGCGCGGCGCGUGGGCGCGCCUGCGCGUGCGCCUCGCGCACGCCGCGCAGCUCGACCCGCGCCCCGAGUACGCGCGCGCCGAGCUCGACCCGGCGCAGGACAGGGACAUGCCCGUCGCCACCAUGCUGGGCAGUCAGUGUAGCAGUCGUCUUCUAAGCGCGUGCGGGUCGAACGUGCUUCUGGAGCUACCGGCCGCCACGGCGUCUCAGCAGCGACUGCCGGCCGGCGCCGUUGUCUCCGCGCUCAUUACCGGCAGGCUUGACGUGUUCUCCUAGAUACGCAUGUGUAAUCCUCGCAAAACUCGAAGGCGGUCUACAGCUAAAUUCGGAGCACAAGUACGCGCAUAUUGCCCAUCCUUCACGCACUCCUGCCACAUGCUAUCUGCGCAGGGAAGCAUGCAAUGUUCCAUGCCGACAAAAAGUUUGGCGAGAACUACACUUAGCAUUCGCUCUGCCUUAGUGACUUAAUAACUGUAAUAUGCUAGCAAAAGAUACAAAAACCUUAGAAUAAGCCAUCACUUAUGACUUGUGGUGUAUAAAAUUUUCAAAGCAAAACAAUUUCAAUCAUAACUGUGUAAUAUGUCCAGGCUUAGCCAAUAUAGGUAAUCUCAGUGUGAAAGUAGGACGAUUUAAUAACAAAAACAUAAAUUACACUUAUAUAUUUUGUCACUGUCUGUUGUCUCGCAGUGUGAAUCUCAAAGAAGCGAAUACAUAUAUUUUCUUACAAGUACCCAGUAAUUUUAAGUUAAGUAUUUCAAUCAUUACCCGACUGCGCUAGGAGGCUUAAAUACACAUUAUAUAACGAAAUCAAACUUAGAAGACGGAUAAUACUAUUGUAUCUAUAGGUCAUAUAAUAGCUCAAUAAACUAAGUGAUAAUAAACAAGUAAUAAAAGGAAGCGCAACGUGCGCAAAAAUAGUAAUGCAGAAGAUAAAAUAUUAUAUUUCUCAAUAAUGUUAAUUUGUACACUAGUUCUCC